AAGGAAAAAAAGUUCUAUACAAAUUGUUUGCUUUGCCGUGUUGGGUCAAAAUCCUAAGCUUUCUCCCACUCUUGCUUUCUUUCUUUCUUUCUUCUCCAUUGUAACGGAAAUUCCUAAGCCUUAGAGAGAGGAAGCAAGAAAAGCAAACAAACAAUCGACAAAACAGAGAGAGAGAGAUUCUUUAUAAGUUUAAACAAACUGAGCCACUUCUCUUCAUACACGUCCUCUAUACGAUCACCCACCUUUUUUUUUUAUAUAUUUAUUUUCCUUUCUUUAUUAUACUCUCUCUCUCUCUCUUUUCCCUUUCGUUCUCUCUUUGUGUUCUUCUCUCUCCUAUCUCAUUUUGUCAUUUAUUUAAUAAGAAGUUACAAACAUUGUAUAUGGUUCCUCUCUUCUCUUCUAAAGGUUCUUGAACUCCCAUAAGAACCAUAAAGAUAGCUUCUUGAAGUUGUCACGAACAUUUGCAGCUUUAGUUUCAUUUGGAAUUCUAUUUUUAAGGAAAGAAAUCAACAGAAAGGAAUAGUAUUUGAUAUUUGAUCUGGCUCAUAUGUCUAUCUGUUGAGAUGGGCAAACAACAAAAAUUUGGGAGUUGAGGAUCGGUUAUCAGAACCCAUGAUAAGGUCUUGCAAUGGGGACCCUAAACAUGGAGAAGAAAUGGGUUUUCCCUUUAGUCAUAAGCUCUCUAAUAUGUGUAUUCCUUUUAGCAACUUCCUUCAAUAUGGGCCUCAUUUCUUCAUUACAUACUAUCAAUCAAAUUUUCAACAUUUUUCCAUCUCGAAUGAACCAAUCAAUGGAAGGUUAUGCAGAAACUAAGGUUUCACGAUCAACUUCUCAGAGUCCUGGAAUUCCUAAAUUUGCCUACUUGAUUUCUGGGUCUAAAGGUGACUUGGAAAAACUUUGGAGAACACUUCAUGCCCUUUACCAUCCACGGAAUCAAUAUGUUGUUCAUUUGGACCUUGAGUCUCCGGCCGAGGAAAGAUUAGAGCUUGCUUCCCGAGUUGAAAAACAUCCUCUUUUUUCUAAUGUUGGGAAUGUUUAUAUGAUCACCAAAGCUAAUAUGGUUACUUAUAGAGGACCUACCAUGGUUGCUAAUACACUUCAUGCUUGUGCAAUUCUUCUCAAGAAGAGUAAAGAUUGGGAUUGGUUUAUCAACCUCAGUGCUUCUGAUUAUCCUCUUAUAACUCAAGAUGAUCUUCUUGAUACGUUUUCAACCAUAAACCGAAAUUUGAACUUUAUUGAGCAUACAAGUCAAUUGGGUUGGAAGGAGGAAAAAAGGGCGAUGCCUUUGAUUGUUGACCCUGGGCUCUACUCAAAUACGAAGUCAGAUAUAUACUGGGCCACACCACGAAGAUCCUUGCCGACAGCAUACAAAUUAUUCACCGGUUCAGCAUGGAUGGUUCUCACACGUUCAUUUGUAGAGUACUUAAUUUGGGGUUGGGAUAAUCUACCGAGAAUCUUACUUAUGUACUACACAAACUUCGUCUCCUCUCCUGAAGGCUAUUUCCAUACUGUAAUAUGCAAUGUACCUGAGUUUGCUCAGACGGCUGUCAAUCAUGAUUUACACUACAUUUCUUGGGACAUGCCCCCCAAGCAACACCCACAUAUACUUUCACUUAACGACACGAAGAAAAUGAUCAACAGUGGUGCUGCCUUUGCAAGAAAAUUCAAAAAAGACGAUCCUGUCUUGGAUAAGAUUGAUAAGGAUUUACUCGGUCGAAAGAAAGGAGGCUUCACUCCUGGUGGAUGGUGCUCUGGUAGCCCCAAAUGUUCGAAGGUUGGCGAUCCGAAUAAGAUCAAACCAGGCCCAGGAGCCAACAGAUUUAAACACCUCAUAGCUAGAGUAGCUUUGUUGUCAAAGCUUAACCAAAACCAGUGUAAAUAG